UGUCUGCAGGUUUUGCAUCUCUUUUUCUGGUAGGGUCUGGUACUGCUUUGAGUUGGUGUGCCCUGCUUGUGAAGAGCUUGCUUCUGAUUAUGAGCCUGGAGAGGCUGAGGGGUUGUUUGAAGGCCUGAAGAGGGGGUUUAGGAAAGAUUUAUUUCAGAAUGCGUUCAGGCACUGUAACAGAAGCAUUUGUUAAUACUUCCCUGAUAAAAUGAAAGAUGUCAAUAUUUUGAUGAACAUAUAGUGCAGGAGCUCAAAUGAGCACAGAUGAUCCAAUAAGACCCUUUCUUUUAAAAGUAAUCAGAAUUGGAAUAUUUCAACAAUUUUAUUACACUUGUGUGUAAAUCAUGACAUUAUUAAUUUGACUAAUGCAAAAUGCUAUUGCUUCUUAAGUAGGGAUAUUGGCCUUGCUCCAUGUAUCUUGCCUAUGCAAUAAGGACUGAAGGAUUGGGGGAUGUGUGAAAAGAUCACACAAAGUGAACCUGUAAAACAAUUCCUUUCCCUGUUGUUUUCUCCUUUUCCACUCAGCUAAAAUUCUUCAGUAAUCUUGUUUACAUAUACACUGUUGAAAACUUGUUGGGGGUCACAAUUGAAUGAUGGGUUUCAGAGUAGCAGCCGUGUUAGUCUGUAUACGCAAAAAGAACAGGAGUACUUGUGGGACCUUAGAGACUAACAAAUUUAUUUGAGCAUAAGCUUUCGUGGGCUACAGCCCACUUCAUUGGAUGCAUAGAAUGGAACAUAUAGUAAGAAGUUUUUAUAUAUACAGAGAACAUGAAAAGGUGGAGUAAGAGGUUAAUUAAUUAAGAUGAGCUAUUAUCAGCCAGAGAGAAAAACUUUUGUAGUGAUAAUCAAAAUGGCCCAUUUAGACAGUUGACAAGAAGGUGUGAGGAUACUUAACAUGGGGAAAUAGAUUCAAUAUUUGUAAUGACCCAGCCACUCCCAGUCUCUAUUCACACCCAAGUUAAUGGUAUCUAAUUUGCAUAUUAAUUCAAGCUCAGCAGUUUCUCAUUGGAGUCUGUUUUUGAAGCUUUUCUGUUGCAAAAUUGCCACCUUUAAAUCUGUUACUGAGUGGCCAGAGAGGUUGAAGUGUUUUCCUACUGGUUUUUGAAUGUUAUGAUUCCUGAUGUCAGAUUUGUGUCCAUUUAUACUUUUUGUGUAGAGACUGUCUGGUCUGGCCAAUGUACAAUGAUGGUAACUGAUAAAAGGUGGGGGAGGAUUUGUGGUACUCAUAACAAAAGGGCUAUAAAGUAUAGUGUAUCAUUUUUAAAGACAAAAUUUUGCAAUGGAAUUGUACUAUUGCUUACUGUGUGAAUUUGGGCAAGCCUCUUUAAUCUUUCUAUGCUCCAGUUCUCUAUCUGCAAAAUGGGAAUUAUAUUCUUUCUCCCAUGCUUUGUCUGUCUUGUGUAUUUAAAUUUUAACUUUUUGGGGCAGGGACUCUCCUAUGUAUAUGUAGUGUCUAGCACAACGGGGUCAGGAUCUCAGCUGGGUCUGUUGGAGUUACUGAAUGACAAAUAAUAGUGUGGAGGUUUUAAUAUACUGCAGUGUACCUUUCUAAGGCCAUGUCUACACUACCAGUUAUGUUGGUAAAACUUAUGUUGCCCAAGGGUGUGAAUAUUCCACCCCCCGGAGCAACAUAAAUGACACUGGCAUAAGUGGCAGUGUGCACAGCAGGAGAGUUUCUCCAGCUGAUGUAGCUACCGCGGCUCGUCAGCAGUCGUUUAAUUGUGCUGACAGGAGAACUCUCUUCCAUUUGCAUAGAGUGGCUACACAAGAGAUCUUACAGUGGCACUGCUGCAUUGGUACAGCUUUGCCACUGUAAGAUCUCUAAUGUAGAUAUAGCCUAAGUAACCAUUCUUUGGUAACUUGGGAGUUUUUCUACCUGUAACGUAAUGUGUUUUUUAUUGUGUAUUUUGUUUAGCCAUGACUAUUGAUCAGGACCAUGAUUUUGCAUCAUUUACAGUUUAGUGUGUUUGUGUUUUACUUUCUUCCUUGUCUUUUAUCCUUCCUCAUCAAAGUGUUUGCUCUGACGUAGCUUGACUUAUAAAUAACUGGUCUGAUUUAUUUACUGCUGAUUCGUAUCUCAGAAACUGGGCAAACAGCUAAUAAGAUUGCUAAAAACGUAUAGUGAGUACAAAGGUGGAGGACAUAUGCUGUCAUCAUGAAGCUGGAGAUGUCUAGACUAAGAGAAUAGAACAACCCCUUCUGCGAAGUGUUACUCAACCACUGAGGUGGGGCAGAACUGCAUGCCACCAUUAUAUGAUGUGAACAACUGAGUAAGAAUGGAUGAGACAUAAAACAGAGGUACUGACGACUUGUGUUCACUGGAUUCGUUGCCUUUCCUGUUAUCCCAAGUUUUUCAAACACUUGAGCUGUCUCAGCACUGUUGACAAAGCUGAGAUGGCUGUAAACUCAGGGCUACCACCUUACUAUGAAAAUCAUGGUUAUCAGCCAGAAAACUUCUAUAUUUCCAGACAGCCUGUGGAUGCUAACGUGUAUCCACCAUAUUAUCCUCCAUCGGUGCCACAUUAUGUCCCAAGAGUUCCUGCUCAUCAGUCAGCUCCCCCAGUAGUACAGCCAAAGCCGCCAUCAGCAAAACUGUGCACGUCAAAAGUUAAGAAAACUCUAUGCAUCGUUUUAUCCGUUGCAAUAAUACUAUCGGUUUCCAUAAUUGCAGCUAUGCUUAUCUGGUAUUUUGAGGCCAAUAGCUGUUUUGGCUCAUCAAUAGUGUGUGGAUCUUCAGGAACAUGUGUGUCACCAUCUCAGUGGUGCGAUGGAGUGGUCCACUGUUCCAAUGGUGAAGAUGAAAACCGAUGUGUUAGACUCUAUGGACCAAAUUUUAUCCUGGAGGUCUAUUCAUCUGUCAGCAAAUCCUGGUAUCCAGUAUGUCAAGAUGACUGGAAUAAUAACUAUGGAAAGAUAGCUUGUAAAGACAUGGGAUAUAAUGUAAAGUCUUAUUACUAUAGUCAAGGAAUAACACAUGAAAGAGGUUCUACAAACUUUAUGAGGUUGAAUACAAGUGCUGGGAACAUAGAUCUAUACAAAAAACUGUAUAACAGUGACUAUUGUGCGUCUGGAAAAGUGGUAUCUCUGCGGUGCAUAGAGUGUGGCUUAUCCCGUAAAAAUGUGAAUCCUUCAGGCAGAAUUGUGGGUGGAAGUGCUGCAAAGCUGAAGGAAUGGCCAUGGCAGGUCAGCCUUCAAGUCCAAGGCUCCCAUGUAUGUGGAGGCUCCAUUAUCACCCCUGAAUGGAUAGUGACAGCUGCUCACUGUGUAGAAGGACAGCUUUCUUCUCCAUACUACUGGAGAGUGUAUGCUGGGAUUCUGACGCAAAAGGAAAUGCGCGAGAGAAGUGGAUCCAGGGUGCAGAACAUAAUUUCCCAUCCAAAUUAUGAUUCAGAUUCUAAAGACAAUGAUGUUGCCCUGAUGAAGUUACAGACACCGCUGAGUUUUACUGACACUGUAGCACCUGUUUGUUUGCCUAACCCUGGAAUGAUGUUCCAACCUAAUCAACAGUGCUGGGUAUCUGGAUGGGGAGCAGAACACCAAGGGGGUAAAAGUUCAGGUGUCUUGAAUGCCGUAAUGGUGCCUUUAAUACAGCGUUCUAGAUGUAAUUCUGCCAGUUUCUAUAAUGGCUUAGUUUUGCCUACCAUGAUAUGUGCUGGGUAUCUGGAAGGAGGAAAGGAUUCCUGCCAGGGUGACAGUGGAGGUCCGUUAGUAACUGAGAAAAACUCAGUGUGGUGGCUAGUUGGUGACACAAGCUGGGGAACUGGCUGUGCCAGUCGCAGAAAACCUGGAGUUUAUGGAAAUAUGACAAUGUUCACUGACUGGAUUUAUAGAAAUAUGCAGGCAAAUAGAUGAUCAUGGUAUCUGCCAUUCGUGCUGAAUCAUUUUCAAGAACAAUCCUAAAUGGAACUAAGGCUUUCUUGGCUACCUUAUUAUGUACUUUUAAAAAGAAUUUCUAGGUCCUUACAAUUUUUUUACUAC